UCCGAAUGCCGAACCGGGACCAUCCUUCACUUCGGUAAUCGAAAAUCUCGCAAACAAAUCGGACAGUUCAACCGAAUUUUUUUCUGAUUCAACAGCAAAUGAGUCCAAAGAGUUAGACUCUGUCUCCUCGUUGAACCUGUCGACAAUGGGAGAGUUGAUCAGCUGUUCCGAAAAAGACGACGCUUCCGCGACCUCUACCAACUGGAUCGACAUGAUCGAAAAAGCGGAGAAGAUGCAGCAGCCGCAGAAACUCGAUUCUCCGUACCGCACACGAGAAGCCGAGAUCAAUGAUUGGAAACCUGCGUUUCCCAUCGACAAGAGGGAGUUUUACGCUUGGAUAACCUGCGCCGAAAACGAGGGGUACCUAUAUCUAAGGGACGAGAGCUUGCAAUCUGUCUACCAGGAAAUGGAGAGUAACAUCAAGGAAUAUUUCGAGAAUCAACCUCCGAUCCAGGAGAAGCACGACUGGCAACCUGGGCAGCUGUGCACGAUAUCGUACAAGGGUUUGUGGUACAGAGGAAAGGUUUACAAGGUCAAUAGUCCUGAUGAUAUUGUGGUGGUGAUGAUCGACUUCGGAAGCGACCAUAAUUUGACAGCAAAUGACCUCAACAGACAAAUCAUGUUUCCUUCGAUUCCUGCUUUCGCGUCAAAGAUCAAACUCGAUCGAGUAUUCCCAAAAUCGGAAACCUGGUUGUCCUCCGAUUACGAAACAUUCCUCGAUAUCGUAACCGAAUAUGCGAGGAUUGUCAUCACAGGUCCCCUCGAAGCGAAAGUUCCCUUGGCGGAGGUGUUCACCGACAAAGGCGUCAAUGUUAACCAGUUGUUGGUGAAACUUUGUCACAAUCUAACUAGGAGCGAGAAAAACAACGACGACAAUUCAGACGACGAUGGGGUGGUCAUCGAAGAAGAGGCAAUCGAAGGGAUUGUAGAGGAAGAUGUCGCCUCAAAUUUGCUUAAAAAGCCGGAAAAGCUGCCAACUCCAGUGGACACGACCAGCUUUGAAUACACGGUCGAAGAGCUUCCUGAGAAGGCAGACACCGAGAAAGUUCUUAUGUCAAUACUGUCUGUAUUGUCAUAUAAUAAGGUAGUUUUAAAAUUGACUACAGAGGCCUGGAGAGAUGAAUUGUUUCUGCUUAGCAGCGAAAUACAAGAAUGCGUGGAUAAUCUGCCAGCUCUGACAACAUUUGAGGUUGGUAUGCCAUGUGUGUGCCCCUAUGUCGAAGACGGAAUUUGGUACCGUGCCAAGAUAUAUAACACUGACGGGAUAGACUGCAACUAUGUUUUUGUCUUCUUUGUCGACUACGGCAAUAUUGAAUCUGUACCCAUAAAAGACAUCAAGAUGAUGAAGCCUGAGUGGUUCAAUGUGCCUGUUCUAUGUCACAUGGCGAAUCUGAAUAUCAGUCUGAAGAACGAGAGUCAUGCCAAGCAUGUGCAAGAGUACAUAAAAAAGCUGUAUGGGAAAAACAAACUGGGGCAAAUCGUCAAGAGGUACCCCCUCACAGUCGAUUUGUAUGAUCCGGACGAUACCUUGUGCUACCAGUCAUUGAUAAAGAGCGGGUUGUUGGAGGUUGCUGAAAAGUGAUUGGCAUUUCUCUAUAGGUCAUUACUGUUGAGAAUUUUUUUUAAUUUGUGAUAGGUUCAAGUUAGUUUUGUGUUUUAUAUGAGACUUUCUUUACGGUGUAAGUGUAUGUUCACUUUGGCAAAUAUAGUUACUCUUUAAGCAAA